CCGCCCCUUCCGCUCCGGGCGCCUGCGCGCGUGCGCCCGGCGGCGGGGUGCGCGCGCGCGCGGCGGAGGGCGGGCGGCUCCCCUCACCCGCCCCCCGCGCCUGCCUGGCGGAGGAGGAUGAGGCGCCCCCACGGCGGGGGAGGGGGCCGAGGCGGCUCCUGAGGGUCCCCCCGCGUCCCUCCCCGCUGCCGCGUCAUGGAGGAGAAGUACAGCGGCCAGGCCUUGGCCGCCGGCGGCGUGCUGGGGCCCGUGGAUGUGCCCAGCGCCCGGCUGACCCGGUACAUCGUGUUGCUGUGCUUCUCCAAGUUUCUAAAGGCCUUGGGGCUGUUUGAAUCCUAUGAUCUUCUGAAAGUGGUCCACCUUGUACAGUUCAUCUUUAUAGUGAAACUGGGGUCUGCGUUUUUUAUGGUUUUGUUUCAAAAACCAUUUUCUUCUGGAAAAGUGGUAACAAAGCGUCAGUGGAUCAAAAUUUUGAAGCAUGCUGUUGUGGGAUGUAUCAUUUCACUCUUGUGGUUUUUUGGCCUUACUCUUUGUGGACCACUGAGGACAUUGUUGCUGUUUGAGCACAGUGAUGUGGUUGUGCUAUCACUCCUUGGUGUUCUGUUCACAAGUUCAGGUGGAGGACCAGCAAAGACAAGAGGUGCUGCGUUUUUCAUCAUAGCUGUCAUCUGCCUAUUGCUUUUUGAUAAUGAUGAUCUCAUGGCUAAAAUAGCAGAACAUCCUGAAGGGCACCAUGACAGUGCUCUUACCCAUGUUCUGUAUACAAUCAUUGCUUUCCUGGGUGUUGCAGAUCACAAGGGAGGAGUGCUGCUUCUGGUGCUGGCGUUGUGUUGCAAGGUUGGUUUUCACAUGGCUUCCCGAAAGCUCUCUGUAGAUAUAGGUGGAGCCAAGCGUCUACAAGCUUUGUCUCAUCUUGUUUCUGUCCUUCUGUUGUGCCCAUGGGUCGUCGUCCUCUCUCUUACAACAGAGAGUAAAGUAGAGUCCUGGUCUUCUCUCAUCAUGCCUUUCAUAACAGUCAUCUUUUUUGUUGUGAUCCUGGAUUUCUAUGUGGAGUCUAUAUGCUCUGUCAAGAUGGAAGCUUCCAAGUGUGCUCGAUAUGGAUCCUUCCUCAUUUUCAUUAGCGCACUGCUUUUUGGCAACUUUUGGACACAUCCAAUAACAGACCAGCUUCGAGCUAUGAACAAGCCACCACACCAUGAAAGCACAGAGCACGUUCUUUCUGGAGGAGUGGUAGUGAGUGCUGUUUUCUUCAUUUUAUCUGCCAAUAUCCUGUCCUCCCCCUCCAGGAAAGGGCAGAAAGGCACCCUUAUUGGCUAUUCUCCUGAAGGCACUCCUCUGUAUAACUUCAUGGGUGAUGCAUUGCAGCAGAGCUCUCAGUCGUUACCCCGGUUUAUUAAAGAGUCACUGAAACAAAUCCUUGAGGAAUAUGAUUCUAGACAGAUCUUCUACUUCUUGUGCCUAAAUCUGGCAUUCACUUUUGUGGAACUUUUCUAUGGAGUGUGGACCAAUAGCCUUGGUCUUAUUUCUGAUGGAUUUCACAUGCUUUUUGAUUGUUCUGCUUUAGUGAUGGGGCUUUUUGCCGCUUUAAUGACAAGAUGGAAAGCAACUCGCAUAUUUUCCUAUGGGUAUGGGCGUGUAGAAAUUCUUUCUGGAUUUAUUAAUGGGCUCUUUCUAAUGGUAAUUGCUUUCUUCGUCUUCAUGGAAUCGGUGGCCAGACUGGUAGAUCCUCCAGACAUAGAUACAAAUAUGUUAACACCAGUCUCUGUUGGAGGGCUCAUAGUAAACCUUGUUGGUAUCUGUGCCUUUAGCCACGCGCACUCCCAUGGGGCUUCUCGCGGAGGCUGUCACUCGCAUGAUCACAGUCAUUCUCACCACGGGCAUGGGCACAGCCAUGGGCAUGGGCAUUCCCACAGUGACCACGGGCAUGGCCAUGGGCAUUCCCAUGGGUCUCCUGGAGGAGGCAUGAAUACCAACAUGAGAGGUGUAUUUCUACAUGUGUUAGCAGACACUCUUGGCAGUGUUGGUGUUAUCGUAUCCACGAUAUUUAUUCAGCAAUUUGGAUGGCUGAUAGCUGAUCCACUCUGCUCUCUUUUUAUUGCUACGUUGAUUUUUCUCAGUGUUAUCCCACUGUUGAAAGAUGCCUGUCAAGUACUUUUGCUGAGGAUACCUCCAGAACAGGAGAAGGAUCUGCAUGCUGCUUUAGAAAAGAUUCAAAAAAUAGAUGGAGUCAUAUCCUACAGAGAUCCUCAUUUUUGGUGUCACUCUGCGAGUGUUGUAGCAGGUACAAUACAUGUACAAGUGAUGUCAGAUGUGUUGGAACAAAGAAUUGUACAGCAGGUUACAGCAAUUCUUAAAGAUGCUGGAGUAAACAACCUAACGGUUCAAGUGGAGAAGGAAGCCUAUUUUCAACACAUGUCCGGCCUCAGUACAGGAUUUCAGGAUGUCCUUGCAAUGACUCAGCAGUUGGAAUCCAUGAAAUACUACAAAGAUGGUACUUACAUCAUGUGAUAAGAAACUGUUCAAUAGAGAGGAUGUAAACAGUGAAGCUGUAGGAUUCCAUAUUUGUAUUUUUUGUCACAGGAACUUGCACAUACAUGUACAGAAACAAAUGUACUAUAUAUAUGAAUUUUUUAAACAUAAUAUCUUUAUUAAAAUUGGAUCAAGAUGCUUUUAUAAAAGAAGUAAGAUGGACUAGAAUAUUUGCUGUAUAUGCGGAAAUAAUGGGAAUCUUAAAUACUGUACUUGGUGUUUAUUAAACAGAAAUUUUGCGACUUGUGGAUGAGCACAGAUAUAUUCCAUACUUUCUCAUAAGUAUGGAACAUCAUAAUUAUAAUUUCCUUUGCCAUGGGAAAUGGAAAUAAUUUAGGUUGCGAUAGAAACAGAAUCAAGUGAAAACUUUUUUUUCAUUCAAAUGUAGCUAGAAGACUUUGAAUUAAAAAAACCUUUACAUGUUUAUUAUGGGGAGUAAAAAAUAAACAGUAUGAAGCUUUUUUGCAGACUUUGUUUUAUAGGAAUAGAAAUACACAGUUUUUAUAUUACAUCUGCAUAUAAAACUGGUUUCUAAACUUGAAUUCACUGCAUCAAAGCAAAUGGAUGUUACCAUUCUAAUUUAUCUCAAACUAUUUUUUAAGGAUAAAAAUCGACCACUUAUAUUAACAGUGAGUAAUGGGAAGAAAUAAGAAUGGCAGAUGCUUUUCUUUUCUUGUACUGUUUUUGUUUGUGUUUCCUGGACAGACUUAGUCAAAAAAAAAAAACACUGUGUAAAAUAACUAUUUUGUACUUUUUGUAUGGCUAACUGAAAAUGCAAUAGUUUAAAGCAUAAAGUAAUUCACCAGUAAGCAUCCACUUUCAUUGAUCCAGCUAAACUUUACCUCUUCAAGACAGAAUAUUCUGUCACUUGCAUGUGUUUUUUCCCCUAUAGAAUAGCUAAUUGGAUGGACUUAGUAUUUACAGAUUUUUUUGUGAUAAUUAAGUAUUCUGUGACUUUCAAUUGUGCCAAAAUCUGUUUUACUUUGGAAGUUAAUAGAUCUAGGAGAGUAACUGGAGAGCAGCUGAGUGACCUGGCAGUGAAAUCUUUACUAUUUGCAGCUUGCUCGUUACUAAAAUGCUGUUCAGUUUGUUAGAGAAUUUUUCUCUUGACUUAUUCAAUAUCCGCUAUCAGCUGAAGCAGCUGAAUGACUGGCUAGGCAAAAAGAAAAGAAACUUGCCAUUCUGGAUAGAUAACAGGCAUCCCUGAUCUGGGUUUAAAAAAAAAAUAAAAAGCUCAAACUGUGCCAUAAUACAGCUGCACAUCUACUGUACUUAAUUUUGCCUUUGUGUACUACCUAAGGAAAUACUCCAGAUUUAGAAUGCUAAACUAUGUAAGCAGUCUGGAACUUGGCAAGUUAUUGCAGCAAAUUGUAAAUUGAAACUUCUUUUUUGAAAAGAGAAAAGGAGCAUUUGAGAAAGAAUUAUGUAUGUUGGGAUCUAAAUACUUGCAGAGAAGACGAUCUCUAUCUUUAGGGAGAACCUGUUAACUGGACAAAAACAACAUGUCUUCAGAGGUAGUUAUCCUUACAUCUGUUAAUCUGUCUUCCUUUGCUCAUCUGUUGUUCUACCUGUUUGAAAACCUGUAAGUAUUUUCCUUGUAAUUCAGCAAUCAAUUCAGUGGCUAGCAAGAAUGAGUACCUUCCAUCAUUUCAUAUAUCAUAGUAGUCUUACUCUGUCAUAUUUUCUUGUUCCAUUAUUCAGGAUAGAUACCUGAAUUGAUGCUAGUGGAGUUCAGCAUAGAGUGAUACAGGAAUUACCUUAUCAGAUUAUAUUAAGCAGAGAUGCAUUUCGAAAUGUCCUUUAGCAAUUCUGCUUCUCUUGUGAUGACUGUUUAUGCAAACUGUAGAAUUUCUUAUGUAUCUGUUAACUUUUCAUUCCCUUCUCUUCUCCUAGUGCUGUAUUAAAAUUUCUGCAGUGCAGGACUGACUGACUUAAAGGAGAAGAAAAAAAAAAACCAGAUUGACUGUGGUCAAAAGCUUCUAAAAGUUGCAUUGCUUUCAGGUGACUUGUAUAUUCUGAAUUGAUCACUGUAAGUCCCUUUUUAGCACCUUAUUUCUCAAGCUGGCACUGCAGAACCAGCAAAAUAUCUCAGCAGUAGCAGUAUGAGAACUAGAAAGCAUAUUGCUUGGCCUGCUGAUGUUAACACAUAAUCAGCUUGUACAGUGUACCUGCUGUAGGAGGUUACCCUGGGAAAAGAAAAUUAUUUGCAGUGGAAACUAAUGGCUUUUGCAGCAGUUUGCUUGCCUGCCCACCUCCAGAAGGCUCAAGUCAGUUGGAUAACAGUGCUGCAAUUAUAAGAAGAAUGAUCUUUCAGUUUAUUGUUUGGAAAAAAAAAAAACUUUAUUAAAGCUUUGGUUAAUAUUUAUUUUUGCCACUCAUGUUUGAGGUGGUUCAACCAGAGCUGGCAAUAUCUUACCCAACUGAGUAUUAACCCAAUCUUGGUAGGUAAAUAAAAAGGGUAGUGAUUUUUCUUUUCAAAUCAAUUUAGCUUAACAUAAUUGAAAACCCUUAAUACCUGUCGCAGUUUUCUCUAAGCAAAUGUGGAUUUUCCAGUUGAGCCCCAAGCAACAGGACCGAGAACAAAUGAGGGUAGCUGGGCGCGUGUUAGAGGAUCGUAUUUUCUCAGUGAGGAUCAGCUAUGACGUGGUUACCUGCCGUGGAAGUGCUAGCCUGCGUCUCAGCACGUGUUCAGCACUUUUCAUGUUUUACCCAACACAUGCACAAUGUUGUCCAGAUGAACUUGGCAGGAACAGACAACUGCAGUAAACAUAGUCUUCCAUAUGUUAAUUUAACAAAAGCUGUUAUCUGACUUCAGGCUUCCCCACAUGAUCUAUUAGAACUAAUGCUGUAAGGGCGAUUUUUCAAGUAUAGGCCAAUUGAAAUAUUUUAAUAACUACUUCAGUGUGGAAGUUCCUAUUCUAGUCAUUUGAUCUGUAUGCAGACAGUUGCAAUGAAACACUUCUGUUUUAAAUCAGUUUCAUCUUUGGAACUGCAGCUAUGAAUUGUACAUUUGGCAGCAAGCAAUAUGUGUAUAUAAAAUGAGAAAAAAAUAAAUUUAUUUUUCAAGAAUGUUUUAA